AUGGCCUAUAGUCGAAAAAAGCGUGGUGCCAACCGCAAUAAGUCUGAAAAUGGCAAACGAUCUGAUGACGCUAAAGGUUCCUAUGCAGAAAUUCAAAGAGACAACGCCAACUUCAAGAACUAUUAUCAACAACAAAAUAUUCUAUCACCUGAAGAGUUUGAAGAGUUCUACUCCCAUAUCAAAACCAUUCUUCCCAGUACCUUCAGAAUUACUGGUAGCAGAGCUGCUGCUAUGGAGAUCCUAAAAGUAGUGCAAGAAACGUACGUUCCCAGUAUGCAAAAUAUUGUGAUUGAUGAUGUUAAAAUCGAACCACCAAAACCACUACCUUGGUAUCCUGAAAACCUUGGUUGGCAAGUCAAUGCACCCAGACUUGUUAUCCGUAAAUCACCUGAAUUUCAAAAAUUCCAUCGAUUUAUUGUAGCAGAAACUGAAGCUGGUAAUAUCAGUAGGCAAGAAGCAGUGAGUAUGGUCCCACCUCUUUUGAUGGAUAUUAAACCUCAUCAAUGGGUAUUGGAUAUGUGUGCCGCACCUGGCUCCAAAACAGCGCAAAUUAUCGAAGCAGUGCACUCCAAUGACAAGUUGAACGAAAUGCCAACUGGUUUGGUAGUUGCAAAUGAUGCUGACUAUAAACGUAGCCAUAUGUUAGUUCAUCAGUCAAAAAGAUUGCAAUCACCCUGCUUCAUGGCCACCAAUCAUGAUGGCGCUCAUUUCCCCAACCUUCACGUUCCUAUGGACGACAGUGAGAUUAACACCAGAAACUGUCUACCUUGGCAGUUUGAUCGUGUUCUUUGUGAUGUUCCUUGCAGUGGAGAUGGUACUAUCCGUAAAAACGAAAAGAUCUGGAGAGAGUGGUCUCCUGGCAACGCUUUACAACUUCAUACUACCCAAGUGCAGAUUUUUAGUCGUGGUUGUCAACUUGUAAAGAUGGGCGGCCGUAUUGUCUAUUCCACCUGUUCAUUCAAUCCUAUUGAGAAUGAAGCUGUUGUUGCUGAAGUCCUUCGUCAAACUAAGGGAGCUAUUCGCUUAGUGGAUGUCUCAAGUUCCUUACCAGAACUCAAGCGAAAGCCUGGUUUGCAUACGUGGAAAGUCUCAACCAGAGAUGGUAAACGCUUUAUAAACUCUUUGGAUGAUCUUGAUGAAAAACAUCGUCGCAAAUUCCCUACCACGGUAUUCCCUCCUACAGCCGAAGAAGCGAAAGAGAUGCAUUUGGAGCGUUGUCUCCGUAUCUAUCCUCACCUACAGGAUACAGGUGGAUUUUUUGUAGCUGUUUUUGAAAAGGUGGGUCCUUUGACACCUGCAGAUCGAUUGAAGCUGGCCAGACAACUGGGUCAAGAAGUAACCGAAAAAGAGGUUAAAGAAGCUGAGAAAAAAGAACAGGAAGAAGAAGAAAAAACGGCCAUGGAUGAUGAUAAUGUAGGUGAAGAAGUGACUCCUUCGAAACGUGGUAGUCAGAGCAGUGAUACUGAAGACUUGCCAUCUAAAAAGGCCAAGACGGAUAGUACGAAUGCACAAGAAGAAAAGGACGAAGAAGAGGAUGAUUUUGUUAAACCUUAUGAAGGAAAACCCAAGAAGGAUGUCCCUGGUAUCAAAGAAGCACCUUUUGAACUCAUGCAUCCUGAUUCGCCCGAUUUUGACAUUAUUACUGACUUCUACGGUUUGGAUGCUAAAUUCCCUCGCGACCAGUUCCUUUUACGAUCUGAUAAUAAUGCUAAAGGCCGUAGUCUUUAUUUCGUCUCUAGUGCUGUGAAGCGGGUCUUACAAGCUCAAGAUUUCCCUCGUCUUCAAAUUGUUAAUACUGGUGUUCGUUUAUUCGUUCGUCAAUCUUCACCUAGCAUGGAUGAAGGCGGUGCUUGCCCUUUCCGUUUAACGUCUGAAGGACUUCCCAUUCUCAAUGAUGUCUUGAGUGACAAACGUCGUAUCAUUAUUGGUAUGGAUACUCUUAAAGUUCUGUUAGUAGAAGCCUUUCCUAUCAUCGACGAAUUUCCUGAGCAUGUACGCGCUGAAUUGAAUGCAUUAACCAUGGGUAGUUGUAUUGCCCAUAUCGAUCCUACCAAAGGAACAACAGCAGAAGAAAGUGAGAAUCAUCAUUUCUCUGCACCUCUCAUUUUACCUGUUUGGAAAGGAAGAAACUCCCUCAACGUUUUGCUUCAUAAAAUCGAUAAAAGAGCAUUAUGUCAGCGUAUCUUUGGCAUCAUACCCGGAUCCACACCUCAACAUCUUAUAGAAAGAUCUUCUGAAAAUCAAGCACUCCGUGAUGAACGCGAUGCUGCAGCUGCUGCAGCUACUGCUGUUACAACAGUAAGCGAAGAAAAGCAACAAUAA